AAUGUCCAAAGAGAGCAGCAUGUUGCCAAAGCCAUAAGUUUAACUUGUUUUCUGCAUUUCCAUAUUUUCUGAGAGUUUGUGAAUGAGUUCUUUAAGCUUCUGUCCAUUUUUCCAGACUUCUGCAGUCUCUUUCUGUAUUCACUACAAGGUUUUUCAUACGCUUUGAUUGUUUUAUUUUGUGAGAUGAAGUACUUCCUCUCAGCAGACCCUGUUCUCUCUGCAGGUUGCUGGAUUCACACUGUUCCAGUCACUGAGAUCAGGCUGCAGAGAUGGAGAGUGGUCCAGUCGCUCAUGCGGAAAAUGCACAUGUGGCAGUAUGGUUUGCGUUGAAGAGGCUGGACCUUAAUGAUCACAGAGUUAUAGCUCUGAAAGAAGUUCACAUUCCAAGAGGGACAAAAAUGACAACAGUGAGGCAGAUUGUAGCUCGUUCUUUCAGACUGGACAUUGCUCAGGUCACCUUUAAGAUACGAAACAGUCAAGGCUUUUUAAUCCCUUUGAAUGGCCUCAUACCAGUGAACACCAAACAAAUGCCUUAUGUCUUGGAAGUGUCCAGAUAUUUUCAGCAUGUUAAUGCAAAACCCAGAAAUAUUGCCACGACGGUGAUAAACAGCAGCUUGAAGUCAAGACUACAGAGUGUUGUGAGACGGAUUGAAAGACUAGAAGAACUCCUUCCUCAAAUCAAGCAAAAACAGAAUGAGAAGAUGGACAAGGAUAUAGAACUGCUGAACCAGAAAAUGAUAUUCCUGCACAAAAGAAUGCAGAUGGCAGAGUCCUACUGUUGGGAGGGGAUGUUUAAGCGAGCGCCACUGUGGUGAUCAUUUUAUUCUCUACUCCACUCCAUCCUCCUCUGUAAACGACAGGGAAUUUAAACAUUUACACAAUGUUCUCAACUUGUUUAUAUAGUACAAA